UGGAGAGAUAGCGGCAGGAUCAGUGGAUCACGCCCGUUUACUCUCUCCCUUCUUCCUUCUUCGUCCUCGACAUACCCAGCAGAGCAAGCAACGCAAAGCAAAGCAAGCGACCCAUCAUCGUCGUCAUCAUCAUCAUCAUCAUCCCUCAUGAGCUCCCAAGGAUUGCGGGCGAAUCAUGCAGAUUCGCGGUUCCCACCAGCUCACAUCUGACAACCGCGAGCUCCUCCCUCCUCCCCCUUGUUGUUCACGGCAUCUCUCCUGCUCCAGAAUUUGAAAUAUGUCUUUCAGAAAGUCACGGGCAAGUGGAGCAGAGAAAAGUCUGUCCUUCGAAGAGCAACAGACCAAGGUCAAUGAAGUCAGAAAGAUUUUGGGGCCUCUUGCUGAUAAGCUUCCAACACUAUGUUCAGAUGCAUCAAUCAUAAGGUACCUCAAGGCAAGAAACUGGAACACCAAGAAGGCGGCCAAGAUGCUGAAAGAAACAUUGAAAUGGAGACUGGUUUACAAGCCAGAAAAAAUUAGAUGGGAAGACAUCGCUCGUGAAGCUGAGACAGGUAAAAUUUACAGAACCAAUUACUUUGACAAGCAUGGAAGGACUGUUCUUGUCAUGAGACCAGGUUUUCAGAAUACAAAGGCAACAGAAGGGCAGAUUAAGUAUUUGGUUUAUUGUAUGGAAAACGCAGUUCUGAAUUUAAAGCCAGAUCAGGAACAAAUGGUGUGGCUAAUUGAUUUUCAAGGAUGGAACAUGUCGAGCAUAUCAGUGAAGGUUACUCGGGAGACGGCACAUGUAUUGCAGGAUUAUUAUCCUGAGAGACUAGGCAUCGGUAUCCUCUAUAAUCCACCCAAAAUAUUUGAGUCCUUUUGGAAGUUGGUGAAACCAUUCCUUGAGACCAAGACAUUCAAAAAGGUCAAGUUUGUCUACUCAGAUGAUCCGCAAAGCCAGAAGAUAAUGGAAGAGCUAUUUGAUAUGGAUAAGCUGGAAUCUGCAUUUGGGGGCAAAAACCCUGUCGGUUUCAACUAUGAGACCUAUGCACAACUGAUGAGAGAGGACGACAAGAAGAAAAUGUCCGAUUCCGUCUCCGAUUCUCCUCUACCGUCCUAUCUAUCCCCUGCUGAGUCUGAAAUACACCAGGAAGACGCAUCCAUUUCAGACCCUGAUUCUGAGGCCUCUGAAGGAGGCUUUACACCGAGUCAUGAGAUGGCUUCUCUAAAUUUAGAGGAGGGCGCGAACAAAGCAGUGGUCUCGCCGCCUGUUGGUAAUGACCCAGGACACAGUCAAUCAGAAGCAGCCAAAGAGAAAACUUUAUAGCCCGUUCAUUUUUCUGAAUUAGAAGAUGCUGGGACUGUAGCGUGCCACUCUCGCAUUCUCUCUGACGCCCAAACGAGCCAGGUUUGGGAGAAGCAUGAUCCUGAAAACCCCCACAUUUGGAAGAUGUUGAAGAUUAGAAACCAACUCCUUUUGACAAGCACAUGCCUUUUGCAUUGGCCUGGAAGUAACCCUAAUACAACUAGCUAUUUCCGUAAGAAAUGAUGCUGAUUAUGUGAUUCUGUUGUGGCUGUUAUUUCAAGAUUGCGUUGUAAACACUCGGCUGAUUCGUUGGUAAAAAUAUCUCUCCCAUAAGUUGGUCAGGGAAAAUAACGCAAAUAUAAUAGUACAGCUUUAACUUA